AUGUCAUCAAAGCAGAUGUCUGUGACAUCAGGAGAACGAAAAGCUCAGUUGGCCCUCUGCUCUGCCACCCAGCGGGCAGGAGAACCGCAGAAACCCAACUAUGCCCUCAGACUUACUCUUGAGGGGCACUCGGCGGCCAUAUCAUCAGUUAAGUUUAGUCCUAACGGAGAAUGGCUAGCAAGUUCUGCCGCUGAUACGCUAAUUAUAAUUUGGGGGGCAUAUGAUGGGAAAUGUAAGAAAACACUCUGUGGUCAUAAUCUGGAAAUAUCAGAUGUUGCCUGGUCUUCGGAUUCUAGCCGUCUCGUUUCUGCCUCAGACGACAAGACUCUAAAGUUAUGGGAUGUGAGAUCUGGAAGCUGUUUGAGAACACUAAAAGGGCACAGUGAUUUCGCCUUCUGCUGUAAUUUCAACCCGCCAUCCAACCUCAUCGUUUCGGGGUCCUUCGAUGAGAGUGUGAAAAUAUGGGAGGUGGAAACAGGAAAGUGCCUCAAGACCUUGUCUGCCCAUUCGGAUCCCAUCUCUGCCGUACAUUUUAAUUGCAGUGGGUCCUUGAUAGUGUCGGGGAGCUACGACGGUCUUUGUAGAAUCUGGGAUGCUGCCUCGGGCCAAUGUUUAAAAACACUUGCUGAUGAUGGCAACCCUCCCGUGUCUUUUGAAAAAUUUUCUCCAAAUGGCAAAUACAUUCUCACUGCAACUUUGGACAAUACUCUUAAACUGUGGGAUUGCAGCAGAGGCAGAUGCCUGAAGACAUACACUGGCCAUAGGAAUGAGAAAUACUGCAUAUUUGCCAGUUUCUCUGUGACUGGUGGAAAGUGGGUUGUGUCUGGCUCUGAGGACAACAUGGUUUACAUCUGGAACCUUCAGACUAAAGAGAUUGCACAGAAGCUACAAGGUCACACAGAUGUUGUGAUCUCGGCAGCUUGUCACCCUACAGAAAACAUGAUUGCAUCAGCGGCGUUGGAUAACGACAAAACCAUCAAAGUGUGGACGAGUGACUUGUGAAGUCGCUGGCAACCACCGAUGAGUAAACUAAGUCAGAAACAAUCGAAAGGGUGACUCCCUGAAGUUUGCCUGGUUUUGUAGCUCUUGUCGAAUUGUCUUUGAUGUUAUG